AUGCUACAAGAAGUGCCUGAAGACUUCAAGAGCGCCCUUGAGCAGGAGAUUGGAAUUGAUGAAGUUGUCUCUCCUAGGAAUUACAUAAACAAAUCCGCCUUGAACGCUGAUGAAAAACAAGAAACUGUGGUAGAUCCAAAGGGUAAAGAAGAACAGCAGCUGGCUGCCUCUGAUGCCAUAUCUAAAGUCACAUCUCAAGUAGGAGAACAAACAUCUGAAGAGCAAGCACAAGAAACCACUUCAGAAACUUUAGCUGCAAUGACAACUGAAACAAGCAUUGUCCAAUCGGAUGCGGACACACAAUCUUCGGAGAAGUCGGACAACCAGAGAUGA